AUGUCCCUCAGAGCCAUGGCCUUGCGCCGGCUCCCUAGAUAUACCCCAGUACGACCCCUCCUCGCUAGGGGGUACGCCACGCCCGGCUCACCAAAACCCUCAAGAAAUCCUCCCCCUCCUCCAGGUCUCGAGUCGGUCUUUGGUGGCGGCAAGCAGGGCACUACUUCUGCGCCCAAGCCUCCCGGAGUGACCAUCCCAGGCGGCCCAUCAUUACCAAAGAAGCCUGAUGUGGGCCUCCCAGGACUGGAGGGCGAGGAGAACCGCCCAGAGGAUCAGAAAGAUGUCGAUGAGCCAAGGAAGAAUAGGUUGAGCGAGCAGUUGAGUGGCAAAGCUGGAAAGAAGGUCGGGACGGGAGGUGGCGGUGGAAGCGGAGGAGGUGGUGCCGGUGGCGGUCCCGGUGGUCAACCUGGAGGUUUCGGUGGCAUGACACCCAAUCAGCUGCUCAUGGUGGCGAUCAGCACUUAUGCUCUUUGGAGUAUGUCUUCUCCAGAUGACGUGAGGAGCAAGGAGAUUACAUGGCAAGAAUUCCGAAACUCGCUUCUGGCCCGAGGCCUCGUCUCUUCUCUCGAAGUGGUCAACCGAAGCAAGGUCCGCGUCCAUGUCCACAACCCUAUCGGCCAGAACGGUGUCCAGCAACCCAACGCUUCCGGCACUUCUCUGCCCUCUCCCCCUCACGGCCCCGCCCCUUACCAAUUCACCAUCGGUUCUCUUGAAGCCUUUGAAAACCUUUUGAUCCGGACUCAGGACGAACUCGAAAUUCCUCCUUCUGAAAGAAUACCCGUCUCCUAUCGAGAGGAAAUCUCCACAUUCCAAACGAUCAUGCACUUUGCUCCGACAUUGAUGAUUGCUGGUCUGCUUCUCUGGAUGGCUAGAAGAGGCGGAGGAGCGAUGGGCGGUGGUGGUCCCGGAGGCGGAAUUUUCGGUGUCGGCAAGAGUAGGGCCAAGAUGUUCAACAAGGAUGAGGAGGUCACUGUGAGGUUUAGGGAUGUUGCUGGUAUGGAUGAGGCCAAGGAGGAAAUUAUGGAAUUCGUGAAAUUCCUCAAGGAGCCCCAAAAGUAUGAAAAGCUCGGUGCCAAGAUCCCUCGUGGUGCCAUCCUCUCUGGUCCUCCUGGUACCGGUAAGACCCUUCUCGCCAAGGCUACCGCCGGUGAAGCCGGUGUCCCCUUCCUUUCCGUCUCUGGUUCUGAAUUCGUCGAGAUGUUUGUCGGUGUCGGUCCUUCCCGAGUGCGUGACUUGUUUGCCAACGCAAAGAAGAAUGCCCCCUGUAUCAUCUUCGUCGAUGAAAUCGACGCUAUCGGUAAAUCCCGUGGUAAGGGUGGCAACUUUGGCGGUAACGAUGAGCGAGAAUCGACCUUGAACCAGCUGCUGGUUGAGAUGGACGGUUUCGGCACAAAUGAGCACGUCGUGGUGUUGGCUGGUACCAACAGAGCCGAUGUCCUCGAUUCGGCCCUGAUGCGACCCGGUCGAUUCGACAGACAUAUCGCGAUUGACCGUCCCGAUAUCGGAGGUCGUCGACACAUCUUUGGUGUCCACCUUAAACCCAUCACCCUCGAACCCGGACUCCCCGCUGAGCGUAUCGCCGAGAAGCUCGCUCUCCUCACCCCUGGUUUCUCUGGUGCCGACAUUGCCAACGUCUGUAACGAGGCUGCUCUCCGAGCUGCCCGUCAUGGUGGCGAGUUUGUCACUGAAGCAGACUUUGACGGUGCUAUCGAGCGAGUCAUUGCCGGUCUUGAGCGCAAGUCUCGAGUGCUUGGCAAGGAGGAGAAGAAGACUGUCGCCUACCACGAAGCUGGUCACGCCGUCUGCGGUUGGUACCUCGAGCACGCCGAUCCUCUGUUGAAGGUGUCCAUCAUUCCCCGAGGUGUGGGUGCUUUGGGUUACGCCCAGUACCUUCCCAAGGAGAGAUUCCUCUUCACCACCGAGCAGCUCAUUGACCGUAUGGCCAUGACUCUUGGUGGUCGAGUGUCUGAGGAAAUCUUCUUUGGCAAGAUCACCACUGGUGCCCAGGACGAUCUGCAAAAGAUUACCAAGAUGGCGUUUGAAAUCUGUGCCAACUAUGGUAUGGACUCUGCUAUCGGGCCUAUCUCUUACGGCGGGCGUGAGCAGCAGGGCGAGGGAUUCCAGAAGCCCUUCAGUGAGGCUACGGCGGAAGCGCUGGAUAGGGCGGUGAAGAAGCUUGUGAUGGAUGCACACACCAAGACGACGCAGUUGUUGACGGAACACAAGGAGGAUGUGGAGAAGGUGGCGCAGUUGUUGUUGCAGAAGGAGGUGAUUACGAGAGAGGACAUGAGAUUGACGCUUGGCCCUAGACCUUUCGCCAACAAGGAUGAGAUGGAUGAUCUGAUAGAGCGCGAACUGGACCGAAAGAGGAGUGAGAAACCCAAGAGCGAGAGCGGCCCUACACCCCAGUUGGCCUUCAAGCCCACCAAGAUCGACUGA